AGUGAGUGAGCGGAAUUCAUGGGAUGCCAUAUAGACGGUCUCGAGUUUCAUUGCACACACUGGAUGAUUGACCUUAUUGGUAUUGCUUGCUUGGUGUUUUGGACAGCUAUAUUGUUUGGCAUUCUUUACCUGGGACUUUUCGGUCUUCGUCCCAAGCGAUUUCUGGGAUCUGUCACUGGAAGUCACUCUACGAGAUCGGAAACCCCAAAGAAACCAAAAUCGAAGUCUCGCUCAAGCUCAAGGUCGAAAAGGAAUUAAACUGAAACUUCUACCUAUUAAAAAAUUUAUAUCUCGCCAGCAAAUACACAUUGUAAUUAAAUUCCAUUUUUUGAACUGAUGCCUCUACAGUCAU